AUGGCUGAAAAACGCACAUUUGUAGAUUUUGUCAAAUUUCAAAAAGAUCAUCUAGCAUGUCUCCGUGAUAACCAAGGUUCCAAUCUGAUGUUGAGGAUGUAUAGUUUAAACGAGUUCGCUGAUGGAGCUCCCAUCACACAAGAUUUCUUACAGAAACUUGAACAGGAUUUCAAAGCAGCUAAAGAUGCCGGGUGGAGUCUUGUUCUCAGAUUUAUGUAUCAAAAUUAUAACCCUCAGUCAGAACCAACAAUAGCUCAAAUCAAGGAACAUAUCAAACAGCUAGCACCUGUUAUUGCUCGUUACGAUGGCGUUGUGGUAGCUGUUCAAGCAGGUUUCCAUGGGGAAUAUGGUCACUUCCACGAAUGUCUGUUAGAAGGUGACACCAAUGAUCUUAAACAUGCCUUUCCGGACCUCUCUACCGAUACUGGUGCCUUGUCUUAUCUGACGAAAGAUACGGAAACCAGUGUUAUUGGAGGGAAAACAUGUCACCCAGGGGACACUUCAAAUCCACCUAGGAAUUUAUGUAUCGAUUCAGAGAAGUUGUUCAAAAGUCUCCACUUAACUUACCUUAAUAUAAAUGACCCAGAUGAGACUAUAAGAAACUACAAAAGAAAUGGUUGUUUUAAAACACUCUCUGACGUCAUGGGGUACCGACUCGCGCUGGAAUCAGUGACCCUUCCAGACAACGUUAAUGUAAAUACUCCAGUAUGUGUUGGUAUUACACUAUUAAACAGAGGAUAUGCUUCUCCGUUUCGUCAAUACAAUGUAUCGAUUGUUCUACAAAAUAAAGUCAAUAAAAGCUUUGUAUAUGAAGCUGACAUUCCGACAGAUACGACUAGAUGGCUACCAGGAAGUGAUAUACAUCUGAAAACAACCUUUAACCUUCCAGCUAACACUCAAACAGGAACGACAUACGAGGUAUACUUGAAGAUUUCCGAACCAAAACUCGGCGAUAACCCCGAUUACAAUGUUGUAUUAGCAAAUUCCAAGUUAUCCCCAGUUAAUGGACUGAACAGCUUAGGGUCUUUUCAGGUUGUGGCUUCCAGUACAAUACAUCCAACUUUUGCACCGACGUCAACACUGAAAACAUGGACACUUCCUAAAGUAUCAACCAAUCCACGAACGUGGCAUCAAGUAACGCGCUCUUGUCUUCAGAUACCAAAUGGACCUCCUACAAACACUGGAAGUUCAACGCCACUUCCUGUUACUACAGCGCCACUUGUUUCUCCAACGACAGUAACGCCUGCUACGACAACACAGUUUACUACAGUGACUACACUUCCUCCACCGUUUGUUCCGUUCUUUAACGAUACAAGUAAUCUAGCGAAAUGUAGAAAGUUUGAUACCGUCAAGGCCCUUCUACAGUUUUCAUACUUCUCUCAUCCAUCUACGCCAGAAUGUCCAAACUCUUCGUCUCGAGCUACACCGGAAGCUAUUCCGAUAUCAUUCUGUAACGCACCGACAAAUACGUUGUUAUGGCGACCAAAAGGAAGGGUGAUUGAUAACUGUGAGAGGAUCCCUAUGUACACACGUAUUGGUGUGUUCAGCAGUCAGGGUUACUAUGACUACGACACUUCCAUUCGUAAAUGUGGUGUUUUCCUGGGAUGUUUGAAAUUAGACUCAAAGGUCAUAGGAGUGAAGAUUGGUAUGCAAGUUUGUGGACGACCUUUUGAUAUUGAGAAUGCUCGUUUUUCAAACGAAAAAGACUUGUUGAACCUAUAUGUGUUUUAA